UUCCUUUGCAUUACCCCUGGUGUUUACAUCCAAACACGAAGUACAUAUGUAACUUCAACAUGUCAGCCUCCAUAGCACGGGCGACAGUGAGGGCGGUUAGCAGGCGGAAAAUACUGCCAACAAGAGCCGCUUUAACGCUGACGCCUUCAGCCGUGAAUAAAGUCAAGCAGCUUUUACAGAACAAGCCAGAAUAUAUCGGCCUCAAGGUUGGCGUUCGGACCCGCGGUUGCAAUGGCCUCACUUACACACUAGACUACACUAAAGAGAAAGACAAAUCAGAUGAGGAGGUGUUACAAGAUGGCGCGAGAGUGUUCAUCGAGAAGAAGGCUCAGCUGACGCUGCUCGGCACGGAGAUGGAUUUUGUUGAAACGAAACUUUCCAGCGAGUUUGUGUUCAACAAUCCCAACAUCAAAGGGACGUGUGGCUGUGGGGAAAGCUUCAACAUAUGAACCCCGCCGCACGUUUGGCUUCGUCUAAAGCUCGGGCCCUCCAGGACAUCUAGUCCAGAUCCUUAGAUUCAAACAUCCAUCUUGAAGAUUUUGUGGGUAAAGAGCCGUAGAAAGAGACUGAUAUUUAGUGGCCUGUUCGGCCGUCAUGUCCUGUGCUGCCUCCGUUCGCCUCGACCCAGACCCAGAAAAGCCCUGCUUACAAAUACAGCCGUUAACUUAGAAACCAGUUCAUUUCAUUGCUUCUACACACUUUAUGGAGCAGCUCGGGUGUGCGUUCGACGCGGAGGUUUCCGGGUGCGCUCCGUGUUAGUGCUUAACGAAUAAUAAACUGCUUUGUUGUUUUCUCAGAACUGUCUGUCAUCCGUUCGCUCCGAUAGGGAUUCAUAUUUGAUAAUCCAGUUAAUAUGUCGUGAGGAUUAUCCUGCUGGAUGUCGUAACGCGUCCUCCUAAAUGUACACCACAACAAACCGGCAGUUGCUUCGUGAAUGGUGGAUCAGCAGUGCAAAUAUGUAAUAAUCUACAUAAUAUCGAAAGGUUUCUCGUUCUGGCGGAUGUUGAGUCAGCUUUGCACUUUCAGCAUGCCACGUUUUGCUCUACAAUGUGAUUAACAAGCAGCACAGGAUCUGAUGCCAAGCUUUGAAAUGCAAUUAUUUUGACUUGAACUUGUUUUCUGUUGAAGUAUGAGUGUGAUAUGUACAUAACAAUGUAAAUCCCUUCGACUGUCUUUUAACGCACAAAUAAACUUCCAUUCUACCUA